ACGAUCUUUGUGUCCGUGGGCGCCUUUGGUGUGGUGCGUUUGUGUGACUCCGCCAGGAUGGACGAUGCGUCGCUGGGACCCAGCGUGGCCAAUCUGGAGGUCCCGUCGCGCCCCAUGUGCCACGCUGAGCCGGAAGGGGAGGAGGAUUGCAUGGCGGCGAAUGGCGGAACGCUGACCUUCAACCACACGCACAUGAGGAAAGCCUUCCAGCUCAUGAAUGACCUCAGAGGAAAGAAGAUGCUUUGUGAUGUUCAGCUAAUGGCGGGAAGCGUAACGGUUGCUGCACACCGGGUAGUCUUGGCGGCCUCCAGCCCUUACUUCUGCGCCAUGUUCACAGGCGACAUGAGCGAAAGCAAGGCCCAACAAGUGGAGAUUGGCGAGGUUGACGGCACCACGCUGACAAAGCUGGUUGACUACAUCUACACUGCUCAGAUAGAAGUCACUGAAGACAACGUUCAGGUUCUCUUGCCAGCCGCCAGUCUUCUCCAGCUAAUGGACGUCCGGCAGGCAUGUUGCGACUUUUUGCAGUCCCAACUCCAUCCUUCCAACUGCUUGGGCAUCCGAGCCUUCGCAGACAUGCACACGUGCACGCAGCUCGUUGCGCAGGCGCACGCAUACGCCGAACAGCAUUUCUCCGAAGUGGUCCAGUGUGAGGAGUUUGCGUCACUGUCUCUGCAGCAGGUCUGCAGCCUAUUCUCCAGUGAUAAGCUCACCGUGUCCACUGAGGAAAAAGUGUUCGAGGCGAUGAUUUGGUGGAUCAAACAGGACAAAUGCACACGUGUGGAGCACAUGCCCAAACUGAUGGAGCAUGUCCGCCUGCCGCUAUUGUCCAGAGACUACCUGGUUCAGAUUGUGGAAGAAGAAGCUCUCAUCAAGAACAACAACACCUGCAAGGACUUCCUCAUCGAGGCCAUGAAGUACCACCUGCUUCCCGCCGACCAGAGGCACCUCAUUAAGACGGACAGGACGCGGCCGCGCACGCCGGUCAGCAACCCCAAGGUUAUGAUCGUAGUGGGCGGCCAAGCCCCCAAAGCCAUCAGCAGCGUCGAAUGCUAUGACAUUCAAGAAGAUCGAUGGUACCAAGUCGCCGAGAUGCCAUCGAGGCGCUGCCGAGCAGGUGUGGUGUCUGUGUCCGGCCAGGUGUACGCGGUGGGCGGCUUCAACAGUUCCGUGCGCGAAAGGACGGUGGACGUGUACGACGGCGCCAGAGAUCAGUGGAGCCCGGUGGCCAGCAUGCAGGAGAGACGCAGCACGCUGGGGGCGGCCAGUUUGGGAGGGCUGCUCUACGCCGUGGGGGGAUUUAACGGCAACAUCGGUUUGUCCACAGUGGAAGUGUACAAUCCAAAAAGUAACGAGUGGACUUACGUGACGUCCAUGAACACGCGGCGUAGCAGUGUGGGUGUGGGCGUCAUUGACGGUAAAUUAUAUUCUGUUGGGGGUUACGACGGAUCAUCCCGCCAGUGUCUCAGCACAGUGGAGGAAUACGACCCGAUCACCGAUCUAUGGAGUUACGUCGCCGACAUGAGCACACGACGCAGCGGAGCUGGUGUGGGGGUCCUGGGCGGGCAGCUGUAUGCGGCCGGCGGCCACGACGGACCCCUGGUGAGGAAGAGCGUGGAGGUUUACGACCCACCCAGCAACACGUGGAGACCCGUUUGCGACAUGAACAUGUGCCGCCGCAAUGCCGGCGUGUGCGCCAUCAACGGCCUGCUCUACGUGAUCGGAGGCGACGAUGGCUCAUGCAACCUUUCCUCGGUGGAGUUUUAUGACCCAGCCUUGGACAAAUGGAGUCUCAUUCCCACCAAUAUGAGCAACGGGCGCAGCUAUGCCGGAGUCGCAGUCAUCGACAAGCCGUGCUGACCGUGGCAAGCGUGCAAAAUUGCUGUCACCGGACCAGCGCCGGCAAGAAGAAACGCCGCCACCAUCACUGCUUCAUAGGAGCCAAUCAGGGUUUUGAUCCUGGAAGUAUUUUCAAUCUGGAUUAAGUUGCUGUUUACACUGUGGAGGAUACUCCAGAAAAACAACAAAACGGACGCACUUUGGUGUCAAGCACACUUUUUUUCUCAGGCUCUCAGAUGGACGACGCAGGCAGCGCUCAUUGGACCAAUACCAGCAACAUGUUUACACAAAAAUAUGUGUUAUAAAGACUUAUGAUAUUGACAAAUAUUUGUAUGCAAGUCAGGUGAAAAUGAAGCACUGCUGACGUCACGCACUACUGAUGCACUGAUGAUGAUGUGUUCCACAGCGUUUCAAAUGUGCCAAAAUCAUGCUGUACUUUUAUUUUUUAUAAAUGUAUAUUAACUGGCAACAAUGUUCAGUGUCAAAUUGCACUGUAGAGUUUUAAAGGCUACGCAUAUUUAUUACACGGCAAGCAUUUAUAUUCUAUUUAGCGUUAAUGUGACGCCGUUGUGCUUCAGAUGUAUCGGCACUGAUUAAAAACAUUUAAAGGACAACGUUUUGAGUUUGUUGAAAAAAAAUGUAUAGUUGUUGGAGCGCAGCAUUUUUAUCAAGAAUGAAUGCUUGAAACUAGCUAUUCGCUUAAAAAAAACUAUAAUACCUGACUGCAGCCCAUAGCUAAGCAACAGCCACUACAAACGCCUCAAACAGACCACGCCUCUACAAAUUAUGCCCAAGUGAUGUUACGAUGGUAGCGUCUGAUGCGUCUUAUAGAAAUCACACAUACAAAUCUGGAUCAGUGGCGUUAGUAGACAGCUGCCCUCUCAAAGCAGUCGACUUUUCAGGCAGGCUCUGUUGUAGCGCAACUUUUUUUGAAUAUUUUUGAAUUUUCUUGAAUAUUUUUAAAUGCUGAAGCAGUUUUAACACUUUCACAUGUCGAAAGUAGACAGAAGAUGUUGUAGACAGAAGUAGACGACAUUAAAUGACUUCCAAAAAUAGCAAAGGUCACAAUUGAGUUAUGUUAAGGAACGCCCCUAUGUCUAAUUAAGAUUAGGAUAAGGAAUUGGGCUAGGACCUAGUGCCCCAAACGAUGACAAUGGCUCCUUUGCUGGGCUGCGGGAGGAGGGAUGGGCUGCGUGCCCCCAACCAACGCCUGCCCUCCCACCCCGGGCUGGCUGGGUGUUGCCUGCUCUGGCGGGGGACCCUACCUUGACCUGGGCUUGGUGGGCCGUUGGGGUUGGCGCCCGCGCAGCGUCUCCGCCCGUCUGCGUGGCUGUCACAUGUUUGGUGGGGCUCGCGCGCGGCUGGAUGUGAUUGGGCGCGCUCGGGUGGGGGGCCCCGGUGCCGGGAUUGGCAAUGGGGCGGUGUAGGGUCGGUUGCCGACAGGCUUACACUCACAAGGGAUUCACACGAUUACUGGUUUCAAGAUCACAGAGCUGAUUUGUGUACACACCACCCCUCACAAUCACUUAUCUUAUAGACUCUACCACCCCACCUGCCCUUCUAUCCCUGGUCAACAGCCCCCCCACAUGGUGUCAACCGAAAAUACAUCCAGCUGACGAUAGAACCAACAUAUUCAUAAUGGUUUUAGGCGUUUAAUGUAUUUCUUGUUGUGUUUUUCUUUUCUUGUGUUUUUCUUUUCUUUUGUUCCCCCAUAACCCCUUCCCGUUGGCUGCUUUGUCGUAAUAAACGAGAUAUGUUGAAUGAUCACAAUGUAAGUAUGUCAUACUCUCAAUGUGAAACAUUAAAACUGUUCAGACCACUUAGACUUCCAUUCUCCGUGUCAAACAGCUGAACAGGACAAGUUUAAAAAAAAAAAAAAAAAAAAAGCACUAUGUGUGAUUAUGGCACAAUAGCGGCCACUAGAGGGCGACAAUGCAAAUUCGUCGCUAAAGCAUCAUGUGUAAAACGUGUGUACAAAAGUAUGCUUGUUUGGGGGCAAAUUAGUGUCGCACGAUAACAUUUGAUGGCUACCGAUAGCCGAUACUUUACUGAUACCAUGUUUACCCCUUUUUUUGAUACUAAAUUACUGCUUAAUAGAAUGCAAACUAAAUCCUAUCACAGCUUGUUCCGACACUGCUUAACUCACUGAUUGAUAGCAGUAUGUGUGGUAAGAACAAUAGCGGCCACAAGAGGGCGAUGAUGUACAAAUCUGUUAAUAUAGCAAGAUGAGUAAACGUAUGUACAAAUGUAUGCGUUUGUGCGCAAAUUAGUGUCGCACAUGUAACAUUGUUUGGCUACUGAUAGCCUAUACUUUACCAAUACAAUACCAUGUUUAGCUUUUUUUAAUACUAAAUUACAGCAUACAUAAAUGUAAAGUACAGUAAUUCGUUUUUCGUGGUUAAUGGGGACCAGAACCCGCCGCGUUGAGUAAAAACCGGCCGAGUAGCGCCCCCCCGUGUAUGUUCAAUGUAUUCAGAUUUACCAUUGGAAAUUAGUUUUCACUUUUUUUCCCCAAAUAAUUAAAAAAAAAAACUUUAUAUUCAUUCAUUUUCCGAGCUGCUUAUCUUCACGAGGGUCUCAGGGGUGCUGGAGCCAAUCCCAGCUAACUAUGGGCAGUAAGGGGGAGACCCUGAAUUGAUUGCCAGCCAAUCGCAGGAGACAAGGAGACGAACAACCAUUCGCGCACACAUACUCAUUCCUAGGGACAAUUUAGUGUUCAGUCAGCCUACCAUGCAUGUUUUUGGAUUGAGGGGAAACCAGAGUAGCCGGUGAAAACCCACGCAGGGAUUGUACCCAUGAUCUCAGAACUGUGAAGAGGACAUGCUAACCACUCUGCCACCUUUGUAUAUGACAGAAAACACUGAAAACAGGCUGAAAAAGCAGUUUCUGGUCUUGCACCCCUCUUUAAAAUAAACUGUAUUUUAAGCCAAAACAACUGUUGUUUGAUGGAACAAUAUGUCUAUAUGCUGCCAUAGCAGAUUCAUAGCG